UUUUAGAUGAGGACUAUAGUAAUGCUCUGAUAUACCUCACCACACACAAAGCAAACAAGGAGGCUGUAUCUAUAUCCCACAUCAAUAUCUCUAUCUUUUUUUCUCCUCUAUAUUAUUCUCACCCUUCACAACUCUUCUCCACACAUCUCUCUACACUACAGGAUUAGAUAUGAAAGGAGGUAGAUCAAAAGAAGAAGCCAAAAAGCCGGAAAGCAGGCUGGCGGUGAACAAGAGAAGCGCCGCAGCGGCGGUGAGUAAGAAGCCGGCGAAGAAAACCAAGCCGGAUAAGGAUCCUAACAAGCCGAAGCGGCCUGCCAGCGCUUUCUUCGUUUUUAUGGAGGACUUUAGGAAGACGUACAAGGAGAAGCAUCCGAAUAACAAAUCUGUAGCUGUUGUUGGGAAAGCUGGCGGUGAUAAGUGGAAAUCUAUGUCGGAAGCUGAUAAAGCUCCGUAUGUAGCCAAAGCCGAAAAGAGGAAAUCUGAGUAUGAAAAAACAAUGCUCGCAUAUAACAACAAAAAAGAGGCUGAUGAGAAGGAAGAAGUAGUCGAAGAAGAAGAGUCUGACAAGUCGAAAUCAGAAGUUCACGAUGAUGAUGAGGACGAUGAUGAGGACGAGAGUGGAGAGGACGACGAUGAUGACGAGUAAAGAAACGAUUGUAAACAGUUGAUGAGACACGACGUAAAAUUCAGCAACUACUAUAUAUCUUAACCGGGGAUGGGAUUAGUGUUCUCCCUCGUCAACUUCCUAAAUGAAUUCGGAUAAAUAGUUUGGUUUUAGGGGUCAAAUAUCUAAUGUUCUGCAGGAGAAUUGAUAUUUGGUUUCGGAACUUGUAUUUUGUCCGAAACUUUGUAAUAUCCUCCUCUCUGUACUUUGAUUCGGGCUUAAUAUAAAUUCAGCUAGUUGUUUA